GCUGCGAUAGAUGCUACGUAUGUGGACGUGCCCAAGUGGACGCGCAUGAGCAUCAGCAGCACUGCAGGGUGUGGGCGGUUCACCAGCGACCGCACAAUCAAGGAGUAUGCAGAGGAGAUUUGGGAUGUGAAGCCCGUCACCCGGCCGUAUUGA